GUGUGGGCUCUGCUUUACAAUUCUCUCCCAAGUGGACAAAGAUUUUUCCAAAAUAGUUCACCAGUUGCGCAUCCCCCACUGGGCUGGUGGCUUGCCCACUAAGCCUGCAGCCAAUGGGCUGCAGUAGGGACUGAGCGCCUCCUUUCGGGGGAGGGGGGCGCACAGAGUAAUAAAAGAUCGGGCAGCCCUCUGGACAGAGCAGGCGAGGGGGCGAUUCGCAGCACCAGCAGUCCGUCCCUCCCUCCCACUCCCAUCUCCUGGUCGCUUGCUUUGGGCUUAGUCCUUAUGAGCCUGCCCCGCGAAGAGGCGGCACCUUUCAACCAGCUCCAGCUCCGCGCCCGGGGCUCGGAUGGGGAGGAAGAUGAGGAGGAAGAGAUCGACAUCUUGGGCGAAGGCGAUCGGGGAUUCCUCCGCCUGCAGGAGGAGCCCGAGAGCCGUGCCACUACCCGUCCCCGGGCUAGCGAGGCCAAAGCCGCCCCCGGCCAGGUGCUGCUCAGCCGCAGGGCGGCGGCGGCGCGGCUCGCUAAGCCUCCCUACUCGUACAUCGCGCUGAUCACCAUGGCGAUCCUGCAGAGCCCCCUGCAGAAGCUGCCGCUGAGCGGGAUCUGCGCCUUCAUCCGCGGGCGCUUCCCCUACUACCGCGAGCGCUUCCCCGCCUGGCAGAACUCCAUCCGCCACAACCUCUCGCUCAACGACUGCUUCGUCAAGGUACCCCGCGAGCCCGGCAGCCCCGGCAAAGGCAACUACUGGAGCCUCCACCCGGCCUCGCAGGACAUGUUCCACAACGGCAGCUUUCUCCGGCGCAGGAAGCGCUUCAAGCGGCCUCCGUUGCCUUUGCCCCGCUCGGCGCCGGCCGCCGGCGGGAUCUUGCUCUUCCCGCCUCUGCCGCCGCGGCCUCCCUGCACCCUGAUCCACCCGGCUGCGGGGUCUUUGCCUGCGUACGCGCUGCAGCUGCCUGAGGAGCAGAGGGCGCCGUGCGCCUUGCAGGCGGGGAAGCGGCCGAAGGAGGCUGCGGAGAAAGAAGAGAAGCGAGCCGCCGGUGCACAGCUGGGUCUGCCCAGCGGCGACAGCAGCAGUAGGUGUUCCUUUAGCAUCGAGAGCAUCAUGAUGGGCGGCCCGAAAACUGUGCCGGCUGCCGCCCCCGCCCCCGCCGUACAAUUAAGCGCGCUUCUCCCGCCCCCGCUGGCCGCCACGUGGAGCCGCUGCCCGCCUUUGCUGCCGCCCCCCUCGCGCCUCGUCCCCACAGCCAGGAGGACCGUGCUGGGUUCCACCCCCUCCCGCCACAGGCCCGCAACGCUCCUUGCAGCCGAGCCAGAGCUGAUCCCCAUUGCCAGGGGAACUGCCGCCCUUUCCUUCUAAAUCUACUGCCAGCCCCGCUGCCUGACUGCUGCAAACUGUGUGGUUGCUCUCUGAGCACUGCAGUGCUUGGGUCGGAGCUCGAUCCCUAACUUUAUGGCCUCACUGCUUCGCGAUGCUGGAUGCUGCUCCACUUUCGCGAAGAGGUAGUGUGAUUCCGGGGGAACCUGAGUGACUGAUCAACUUCCGAGCUGUUUUUCCCGCCAAAGAGGCGUAUUUCUUGAUCUCCUCCUCCCCCGCCCACUCGUGGGCUGUUGGUUGCCGUUUCCCACCCAUCUCUUCGACGUGAAAUGUUUACACUUCCAGAGACUUGCUUUGUAUUAGUUAUGAUAGCCAAAGAAAUAAAUCCACUGCUUUUUGAUGCUUUGAGAAGAGUGCCAAUCCCUCCUCCAUGUACUGAUAUUGAUUGUGUUUUCUUCUCGAAAUAGUUUAAAUACUCUAAAUAGAAAGUUCCGUUAAGUAUUUUUGGCGUCCAGCCUCUCUUCUUGCCAUUUGCUGUAAUGCUGUGUUUGAAAUGAAGUCUUGUUUGAAAUGCAAAUAAAAUAAUAUGAUGGA